AUGCUAUCGUGUUUGUGCGCGGACCCCUGGAACAGCCCAGACGGCGACGAAGUGAAUGUGGACAGCGAUGUCACGACAGGAAAUGAGCCGCCCCAUGUGCAGCCGAAACUGUCCGCGCAACUUCCGCAGUUGACUGCACCAGACGAGGACAUGCCACCGGCUUUCGUGGCGACCGUGUCUGAGGAGAUUCCCGACGUGUUCAUGAUAUCCUUCGCGAAGAUGGAGGGUCAUGCGGGCAUCAGGUUCGGACAUGUCGAGGACUUGCUCGUCGUGGAGGACGUUGGGUCUGACCACAUUGCCCAGUGGAACAGCAUGCAACGAGACGAGAUGGUCCAAGUCCGGAGCAUGGAUCGUGUCGUCGCCGUGAACGACACGAAGGGCAGUGCCGAGGAACUCCUGGCACUCUUCCGGGAGGCGGGCGAGGUCAAGAUCUCCUUGCAGCAUCCCCGGAACUUCGCCAUCGAGCUCCGGCGGGGGAAGGCCAAAGAGAACAGGAAGCUGGGCCUGGAGGUCUCGGCUAGCGAGGGCGACUUGGGCAUCGUUGUCCUGAAGGUUCUGGAGGAGGGCUUGAUCCCGCACUACAACAGCACCGCAGGAAAAGGGAUGCAGAUUCAGGCCUACUCCAGCAUCUAUGCCAUCAAUGGCAAGGCGUGGCCGAGCCUUACGCUCCUGCGCAUGUUGGAGAAGCUGGAGGUGUUCAAGGUCAGUUUGCGAAUGUGGUCAGCAGUCUGA